CAUUGUUUGGACUGUAACUGGACUCCUGCAGGCUGCAGGAUGAACUGCUCAGGACCAACACAACUAUUCUUAGACCUUUUGUUGUGCUGACAGCCCUCUGCCUCUGCCAUCAAGCUGACGACAUGUGGAAGGUUAAACAGUUUGGUUCCGCCUGACCCCAUGUCCCAGUUCCACCUGAGGAGAGGUUCUCCUGAGGAGGAGUUCCCUGACCUGUGCAGGAACUCUACUUGGAUGGGACGGAUCCUUACCCCGGCCAUGUACCGCCGACAGUUUAAUCGCUGCACCCAAAGUGGAGUAAUCUUUGAUGAUGUCAUCCGUCCAGGCCUUGAGGAACCAGGUGAAUGGUCAGGUCCUGUGACUGUCGGGUGUGUUGCGGGCGAUGCUCAGUCGUACAUUUUGUUCUGUGACUUCUUCGACCGAGUCAUCGAAGCAUACCAUGAACACAAGAUCACCAGCCAGACGCCGGAGAGUGACUUCAAUUACGACAAUUUGAAGGGGGGUGAUGACUUGGAUAGGUCAUUUGCUGUACGCUGUGAAAUUAGUGUUGUUCGAGGUGUUGAAGACUUCUGCUUCCCAACACACUGCAGCCGAGGAGAGCGCAGACAGCUCCUCACGCUGGCCAGGAGAGCUCUGCAGCACCUGGAGGAGGAGGAGCUGCCAGGUCAACUCUUCUUACUGGAAGAGCUGAGCCAGGAGCAGCAGAGGGAGCUGAACCUGAACCCUCCAUCUUCCUCCCAGCUACGUAUCGGUGUGGCCCGGGACUGGCCUGAUGCCAGGGCCGUCUGGGUGAGUAAAGAUGGCAGCCUGAUGGUCUGGGUCAACAUGGAGGACCACCUCAGACUGGUGUCCACACGAGACGAUGCCAACGUGGCUGAAGCCUUUAAAUGCAUCUGUAUCAACCUACAGAAGCUGGAGCAGUACUACAGGCAGCUCAGACACCAGUUCAUCUGGAAGCAGCAGCUGGGAUGGGUGAUAAGCUCCCCGGCUGAUGUCGGAACAGGUCUGAAGAUUAGUGUGUAUCUUAAACUGCAACACCUCCCCAAACACAAACGCCUACAGGACAUCCUGAAGAGACUGAGGAUCCGCAUGGACAAAACUGAUCAAGACCAAACAAAGGGCCUUGACUUAAAUACAGAAUCCCCGGUGCUGUAUCGUGUGAGCAACGUGGCGACCUUUGGCCAGACCGAGGUGGCACUGACCCAGCUGAUGGUGGAUGGGGUCAAACUGCUCAUCACCAUGGAGACGAGGCUGGAGGUGAGAGGAGACAUUGAUGAGCUCGUUCCUACACAGAAGUAGACGUGGACGAUGACUGGUUGGAGGAAGGAGAAGAACAGAUGGACCGACCAAUCAAAUAGAAGCUUGUAACUCAGUCCAUUAUACAACAGAUAAUGAGAUAAUCAGUAAAUUACUAAGUUAUUAAGUGUAUCUCUCUUUAAGUUUGUAUUAUAAUAAAAUAUCUAAAUUUGAAUUUGAUUUGUUUAUAUUCAACUUAAUAAAAUGUGAUUAAGCGGUUAUAUUAUGCUAUUUUACCAUUUUCUGUACACAUUCAAUAAUAAUAGUUUAUUGUCUUGUAACAACAUGUGAUUUGUUUUUGUCUGUUGUCAUUAAAUUUGGGGCAUCAGA